GUAGCUGUCUGUGGAGGAGAGAUCUUGAAGGAUCAGGGCCAGAUUCAGUCCCCUAACUAUCCUGAUGACUACCGUCCAUCUAAACACUGUGUUUGGAGGAUCACCGUCUCAGAGGGGUACAACGUAGGACUCAGCUUCCAGGCCUUUGAGAUUGAGAGACAUGACAGCUGUGCCUACGACUACCUGGAGGUGCGUGACGGCCCGGCUGAAUCCAGCCCUCUGAUUGGUCGAUUCUGCGGGUACGACAGACCAGAGGACGUCCGCUCCACCUCACACACCCUCUGGAUGAAGUUCGUCUCCGACGGAACCGUCAACAAGGCCGGCUUCGCUGCCAACUUCUUCAAAGAGGAGGAUGAGUGUUCUAAGCCAGAUAACGGAGGCUGUGAACAGAGGUGUGUCAAUACGCUGGGCAGCUUCAAGUGUGCCUGCGACCCCGGGUACGAGCUGGCCUUGGACAAAAAGAGCUGCGAAGCUGCAUGUGGAGGUCUUCUGUCUAAGCUAAACGGAACCAUCUCCACUCCCGGCUGGCCCAAGGAGUACCCCCCUAAUAAGAACUGUGUGUGGCAGGUAGUCGCUCCAACCCAGUACAGAAUAUCAAUGCAGUUUGAAUCCUUCGAGCUGGAGGGCAACGAGGUGUGUAAGUAUGACUUUGUGGAGGUGCGUAGCGGCCUGUCGUCAGACAGUAACCUGCAUGGAAUAUACUGCGGUUCGGAGGUUCCCGAGGUCAUCACAUCUCAGUACAACAACAUGAGAAUAGAGUUCAAGUCUGACAACACCGUGUCCAAGAAGGGCUUCAAGGCUCACUUCUUCUCUGACAGGCCUGCGUCGUGUCACGAACGCGUGUUUGUGUUUGAGUCGUGUCGCGACGCCAAGCGACCUCGACCCCGUAACCAUGACAACGCGCCGGCGACCUCAGGCAGGGUCAGAGUCCCUGAUCCUAGACCUGCGGUUAGAGCCAACGGAGAGGCCGUUGGAGAGUCUGGGACUCUGAUACAGUCCCUGAUCCUAGACCUGCGGUUAGGAGCCAACGGAGAGGAGCGGUUGGAGAGUUAA